AGAUCACCAAUCCAGGGUUAGUCCCAAGAGUCUUCGACACCUCCUGUUGUCCAAGGCAACAUGAACCUUCCAAAGGAGAUCGGCUUUUAAGACUUCUCAUGAGUGAAGAAGCGAUUGAAAAUGCAGAUGCUUUGUGAAAGGGUGAGGGCACUCGAGGAAAGGGAAUGGAAGAAAGAGAAUCAAAGAGGCAGACAUCUUCCAGGCUAUGGCGGUUUCAUUCCCCUGGAGGAGAUCUCGCCUGCAUACUACGUACAAUUGCCUCGCUACCAUACCCGGGACAUGGAAGAAUGGGGUGGAAAGCAACCGGGCUACACCGGACACAAACCUAAGCGCCCUGCGUAUGAGAAUCCAGAGUACAUGUGGGGGCUGGAUCACAGUCGCAACAACCACUACUCCACUACCUAUGGGCAAACCAAUCAGAUGACUCAAAUGUGCCGCGCAAGAUUGAAGUACCGGCCUCCGAUAGUGCGACCUCCAUACCCUCACGAGGAUCCGACGGCAAAGAAAGGAAUCAAGGGGUUCUUCUACGAGGAUGAACGACUUCCUGCCUCCGAGGACGGAAAGAAAUCAGUGGAUCGGUUCUUCGCCCAGGUGCGGCCAUUAGAAGGAACAUUCCUGGCGAUGAAUUCUUCAAAAUCUAUCAAGUCUGCAGUCAUGUCAUGAGUAGGAACUUAUACAAAGUCCCGCCGAAACUAGCAGCAUCCUCGAGACAAACCAUGAAUUAGGACACAGGUUGCUUCAUAAUCUACGCAUCACAUUGGCAUCAUUUAACACUCAGAUUGCUCACUCUUGUGGAUCCACCACCACCACCGUUUCCGCAUCCCCAUACGUACCUACUUUUGUAGUGGUCUCCAUCCUCCCGCCUCGCUAAACCAGAGACCUAAGUGAGCUAUUUCCUAUGUUCUCUUCUCCUGCAUGACGAUGGCAGCGUUCGAGACUCCGAAUUCAUGCGUAGAAACAAGCGUAGAAAUGGAAUUCUCCCUCAGUCAAGCGUGAGCUCGGGUUGAGGAGGAUGCUCCGGCGUCCCUUCCUCUGAUUUCUGACGUGGCCCAAAAGGAUUUCAUCCGCUUGGAAGUUCAUCCAUUGGGCCAUCCUUCUGGUUUGAUUUUCUGUUCAUCCAUUUUGUGCCUCAAGACGACCUUCUGGAAGACGAAGAAGAAACCAAACUGGUCUUCCGCAUGGUCUUGCCAAUUUUUGCACAUCCAUCCCUUAUUAGAUUCUCUCUUUCUCUUUUACCAACAGUAAAAAAGAAGUGUAAUUGUUCUUUAUUUUUUUUUUUUUUAUUUAUUUUUUUUUCUAGAAGAAAGCAGGAUUCCUAUGGUCACUUCUGUAAUUUUUUAAGUAUAUAUAUAUAUAUAUAUAUAUAUAUAUAUAUCAAAGAAAAAUAUUUGAG